GACGAUUAUUCGAGAAAAUCAAUUUGUCACCUGCUCUUCUCUUGUUACAAGUAUCCAUAGUUACAAAUGUGUAUCGUGUUUUUAAAAAACAUUAAUAAUAAAUGAGAAAAUUUUAAAAUUAUCCGUUAAUAAAAAGGCAUGUCAUACUGUAGUAGAGACUGCAUAUUUAUAUGAAAUACCUCAGAUUAAAGUUAUUUUAUUUAAAAAGCAUCGAUCUGACCCUUUGUUUAGUAAAUUGACGGAUGUGAAUCUAACAAUGUACAAGAACUGGCGUGUAGAACUUUCACAAAGAGCCAUAGAAUUAUUUAAAUUAAUGAGAACACAGUGCCUAAAUAGAGGACAUGGAGGAAUUAAGGAACUUGCGGUCCUCUUCCGAAAGAUGGACCUGGACUUCUCAAAAAGAAUCUGUUUUGAAGAAUUGCGACUCGGUUUAGAGAAGUAUGGUAUGGAAAUCACACAAAGUGAUUUGAAACUUUUGUUCUUGUCAUUUGAUGCUGAUGAAAACAGACAGAUAGAUUUUGCAGAGUUUCUUCAUCGUUUAAGACCACCAUUGCCUCCAUCAAGAAUCAAAAUUAUAGAUGAAGUUUUUUGUAAACUAGAUGUGAACGGAGAUGGAGCAAUAAAAACUGAUGAUUUAAAAGUGCUAUAUACUUCCAGUUCGAAAACAAGAACUGGUGAGUGGAGCAAUGAAGAAGAAGACAAAAUUGAGAGUUUCAUAGAGAAUUAUGAUACACCAGAUGACGAAGAUGGGAAAAUUACAAGAGAAGAAUUUUUGAAUUACUACGCUGGAGUUAGUGCUCGUGUUCCAGAUGAUGCCUUUUUUAUCAUGACGAUGAAACAAUGUUUUGGUCUGCCUCAAGGAUGAACCUAUUUUUAGAUAAAUGCCUUUAUAACAAUUAUAAAAACUUAUAAGACAUAGUUUUAAUUAUUCUUGUGGUCUUCUAUUU